AUGCAAAGUCAAUAUCUCGAAUUGAUGGAUGUGAAUAAGGAUUUUGUUGAAACUUUCGCUCAACUAUAUCAACUUAAUACAAGAAACGAAGAAGAAAUUAAUAAUAUUUAUCAUAUUCUAAAAGUUAAUUUGAUUGAUAAAAAGAUAAUAUUACCACAAUUACUUAUGAAACAAAUAUGCCAUAUUAUGACCUUUCGAAAUCGAUUUUGGAAGUCAUAUAAAGCAAUUUUCAAAAAGAUUGAAGAAGAAUACAAUAUCAAACAAUUAACAGAUCAUGAUAGUAUUUUCGAAUAUUCGGUUGAUGAUAAAAUCAAAGAAAUAUUUCACAAUUUGCAAAAUGACAAUUAUUCUUUUGAUGAAUUAGAAAAAAACACAAUUUUCGAGGCUAUAAUGCAUGAUGAUAUAGAAUCAUUUAUUGCUUUCACAGAAAAACCAUGCUUUGAUAAAAAUCAAGGCCUCAGAAAUAUUUUGUAUCCAGAACAAUGGAAAUAUCAUUCAUUAAUUGAAUUGUGUUGUUAUUAUGGUUCUGUCAAUUGUUUUAAGUUUUUAAGAACAAAAUUUAACCCAAAAAUCACAGGAUAUUGCCUCCAUUAUUCUUUUUUGAGUGGAAUUCCAGACAUCGUCAGUGAAUGUUUGAAAGAGCAAAGACCUGAUCAAAGCUGCAUGGAAUAUGCGAUUAUGUCUCAUAAUAUUGACUUUGUUUCUUUUUUAAUGAAUGAACAUCAAUUAGAGAUCAAUUUAGAUCAAUGCUGGCGACAUAAUAAUCUUCAAGCAUUUCUUGUUUAUUUAGAUAAUACUAACAAUGUUGAUAAAUGCAUUAUUUAUUGUCCACAUUUUCAACUUCCUUCAUUAUGUGAAUAUUUAAUUUCACAUGGUGCAAAUGUCAAUGCAUGGGAUAAUAAUGGAAAAACUGUUCUUCAUCAUACAGCAAUAGCAAAUAGCAAAGAAAUUGCAGAGAUGUUGAUAUCGCAUGGAGCUCAAAUCAAUAUAAAAGAUAAUGGACGUAUGUCUACACCGUUGCAUUAUGCAGCAUUAUAUAAUAGUACAGAAGUUGCAGAAGUUUUGAUUUCACAUGGAGCCGACAUUAAAGCAAGAAAUAAUGAAAGAAAGACUCCACUUCAUGUUGCAACUGUUAAAAAUUGUUUAGAUAUGAUCAAAUGUUUAGUAUCACACUGUGCAGAAGUCAAUGCAAAAGAUACAUAUGGAAAAACACCUCUUCAUUUUGCUGUAAACAAUAAUAGAAAAGAUAUUGCUGAGUUUUUAUUGUCACAUGGAGCAGAGAUCAAUGCAAGGGAUAAUGAUGGAAAAGAUUCAAUUCAUAUUGCAGCAGAAAAUGAAUCAGUUGAAAUGCUAGAAUAUUUUAUUUCAUGUCACGUUGAUAUCAACAAGGUUGAUUACCAGGGACAAUCAAUUCUCCAUUAUGCCGUAUUGAAAAAUAAUAAAAGAAUUGUAGAAUUCAUUCUUUCAUAUGGAAUUAAUGUAAAUAUUCAAGAUCAUCAUAAGAAAAGUCCUUUAGUAAUUGUUGCCCAACUUGACAAUUAUGAAAUAGCAGAAAUUUUAAUUGCCCAUGACGCUGAUGUUAACUUGAAAGACGAAUAUUUACAAACUGCCUUACAUUAUGCAGCAGAAUAUGGCAGCGUGAAAAUGACAGAGCUUCUUAUAUCUCAUGGAAUAGAUAUCAAUGGAAAAGAUUUGAAAGGCUGGACUGCUUUACAUCAUGCAGUGUUGAGAAAUAGAAUUGAAAUAGUCAAUAUUCUUAUUUUACACGGAAUAGAUAUCAAUGCAGAAGAUGCUAACGGAUGGACAGCUUUUCAUCUUGCAAUAUCAAGGAAUAAAAUUGAAAUUGUUAAAAUCCUCAUUUCAUAUGGUAUUGAUAUAAAUCACAAAACACGUGCCAGUAAAACACCUCUUAGUAUUGCAAAAGAGAAACAAUACAAUAAGAUUAUUGAACUUCUAACUGCACGAGGCGCUACAACGUGUAAUAUUUGA